GAAGCAUCAUGCUCUCUCACUGUAGGAAAUGAAGGCUAUAGUGAUAACCACUCCGGGUGGACCUGAAGUCCUGCAACUUCAAGAAGUCGAAGAUCCUCAAAUCAAAGACGAUGAAGUGCUAAUCAAGGUAGAAGCCACGGCCCUGAACGGGGCCGACGUCUAUCAGCGAAAGGGUUCGUACCCGCUACCCAAGGGCACCAGUCCUUACCCUGGUCUUGAGUGCUCAGGCACCGUUAUUUCUGUCGGCAAGAACGUCGCCCGAUGGAAAGUCGGUGAUGAGGUUUGUGCCCUUCUGAGUGGAGGUGGGUAUGCUGAGAAAGUGGCUGUGCCGGCUGGGCAGGUGCUUCCGGUUCCGGAUGGCGUGUCUUUGAAGGAUGCCGCUGGUUUGCCUGAAGUGGCAUGUACUGUUUGGUCCACUGUUUUCAUGACCAGUCGGCUCUCUGCAGGGGAGACGUUCUUGAUUCAUGGGGGCUCUAGUGGAAUUGGAACAUUCGCUAUUCAGAUUGCUAAAUACUAUGGGGUGAAGGUCUUUGUAACAGCAGGUACUGAGGAAAAAUUAGAAUUUUGUAAAAAUCUUGGAGCUGAUGUGUGCAUCAAUUACAAGACAGAGGACUUUGUUGCUAGGGUAAAGGAAGAAACGGGUGGGAAAGGUGUUGAUGUUAUCUUGGAUUCUAUUGGAGCAUCCUACUUGCGUAGAAACAUUGAUAGCUUGAAUCUUGAUGGAAGGAUUUUUCUACUCGGAUUCAUGGGGGGAUCAGUUGUAGAAUUAGAUCUCAAGCCUUUGUUUGCUAAGCGUGGCACAGUGCAAGCUGCUGGUUUGCUAUCCCGGAGUCCGGAAAACAAAGCAGUUAUUGUCAGCGAUGUGGAGAAGAAUGUUUGGCCUGCGAUAACAUCAGGCAAGGUAAGACCUGUGAUAUCCAAGUAUCUUCCAUUAUCUGAAGCAGCUGAGGCACACAGGCUCAUGGAAAGUAGCAAGCACAUUGGGAAGAUAGUGCUUCUUGCAUGAUGCUUUUACUGAUCUUUGUGUUUUAGACUCUUUUGGUAGCAUUCCCCCCAUAAGGUUCAAUACUUGUCCCAUGACUUAUGGAACAUUCUGUUGUAGUCUCAAUUCCUCACAAUAUUACGUUAAAUAAACCACAUAUAUUAUUGGAGAGAAACCA